UGUAUACAUGCUACUGAUGGCCAUCCUGUUCUUGUGCAAGAUACUUCUCAUCAUUGUUUCUGCUAUUGAAUUUCUGCUAGUAAUCAACAUACAAGCGAUGAUGAAGGAAGCUUUGAGAAACCAAGAAGGAACAAGAAACAGUUAUAACACAAGUCAAACAAAUGAGAGAGGAAGAACCCAAGAUGAGUUACAUGCAGAUCUCUUGUCUGAGCAAAUUUAUACAAACAUAGCUCUCAGAUGUGCUCACCCUGAUGAGGCCGGGGAACCAGAUAUGGAUCUUGUAGACAGAGAACUUUCUUCAAUGAUGAAUAUUACCCCUGGACAGAAAUAAGAAAUUACAA